UCUUAGUGCACUCUUCUGCUCUGCCAAAGCUCUCUCUGCUCCUUUUCUCUGUUAAUCCUUCUCUUUCAGAGGAAACAAAACUAACCAUGAAUCGUAGAUUAGGAGGAGGAAGUUAUAUGAGUGUUAGCAGCACCAGCAGUGGUUUUGCUGGUGGUGGUGGCGGCGGUGGUGGUAGUCGCCAAUAUGCAAGAUCUCUCCAGCUGUCCUCCAGUGGACCUAGAAUGUCAUCUGCCUCGAUGAUGUUACCUUAUGGUGGUCAGGUUUUUUACGGCAGGGGUCAGGGCAGUGGUGGUUAUAGCGGUGGUGGCGGUAGUUACAGCCGUGUUUCUCUCAUUGGAUCUAGUAUUGGUGGCGGAGGUGGCGGAGGUGGCGGAGGUGGCGGAGGUGGAAGUAUGCGAUUCUCAGGAGGUAUGGGUGGUAUGGGUGGUAUGGGUGGUAUGGGUGGGCAAAUCACGAAUGUAACAGUCAACCAGAACCUACUGGCCCCCGUGCCCAUUAAUAUCGACCCCACCAUCCAGACUGUCAGAACCCAAGAGAAAGAACAGAUCAAGACUCUAAACAACCGCUUCGCACAGCUCAUUGACCGGGUCCGCUUCCUGGAGCAGCAGAACAAAAUGCUGGAGACCAAGUGGAGCCUAAUGCAGGAUCAAACCACCACCCGCUCCAACAUUGACGCCAUGUUUGAGGCCUACAUCAGCAACCUGCGCAGGCAGCUGGACGGGCUCGGCAAUGAGAAGGUGAAGCUGGAGGGAGAGCUGAAGAACAUGCAGGGAAUGGUGGAGGACUUCAAGAAGAAGUACGAAGAUGAAAUCAACAAGCGUGCUGCUGCAGAGAAUGAUUUUGUGCUCCUGAAGAAGGAUGUAGAUGCGGCCUACAUGACCAAGAUUGAGCUGGAAGCCAAGGCUGAUGCCCUCCAGGAUGAGAUUAACUUCCUCAGAACUGUCUAUGAGGCGGAACUGGCUGAGCUCCAGGGACAGAUCAAGGACACCUCAGUCAUUUUGUCGAUAGACAACAGCCGAAACCUGGACAUGAGCGCCAUUGUGGCUGAGGUCAAGGCUCAGUAUCAGGAGAUGGCAGACCGCAGCCGUGCCGAGACUGAGGAAUGGUACACACAGAAGUAUGCGGCUAUGGAAGCCAGUGCAGGUCAGGCUGGAGAUGACCUUCGCAGCACCAAGAGUGAGAUUGCUGAUCUUACCCGCAUGAUUAACCGCCUUCAGAGUGAGAUUGAGGCAGUCAAGGGACAGCGUGCCAACCUGGAGGCCCAGAUCGCUGAGGCUGAGGAGCGCGGUGAGCUGGCUGUGAAAGACGCCAAGGCCCGCAUUAGGGACCUGGAAGAGGCUCUGCAGAAAGCCAAACAGGACAUGGCCCGCCAGGUCCGCGAGUACCAGGAGCUCAUGAACGUCAAGCUGGCUCUGGACAUUGAGAUUGCCACCUACAGGAAGCUUCUGGAGGGAGAGGAAGACAGAAUUGCCGGUGGUGGUGCACAGGCAACCGUUUUCAUUCAGAGCCAAAGCAGCGGCUUCAGUGGUGGUGGAGGCGGAGGCGGAGGCGGAGGCGGAGGCGGAGGCGGAGGCGGCGGCUAUGGCGGCUAUGGCGGCUAUGGCGGUGGCGGCGGCUAUGGCGGUGGCGGCAGCUAUGUCAGUGGCGGCUAUGGCGGUGGCGGCAGCGGCAGCAGCCUAAGACUCAGCACUGGUGGAAGUGGUGGUGGUGGCGGCACAGUCAUCACAAGAUCAACCACCAGCAGCAGCAGCAGGUCUUCCCGCAACUUUUAAAAACAACAGUUGUCCUUUUCUCCAUUCUCCUUUUUCCCUCAUUUUGGUCUCCUCCUCUUAUCCCUCCCCUCUGCCUGACAACCACUAAAAGCUUCCCCCAUCACUUCUCUCCCUGGAGACACAUCAGCCUCAGAAACAUUAGCCUUUAACCAUUUUCAGCGAGCAGAUCCAUAUAAUGGUACGGCUCUCUUUGGGCAUUUAGUUAUUGUGUUGCUGCUCCCUUUUUGGCACCGCAUACCUACAGAGAGUCAGAGAUUACAUCAAAAUACAAGUAGAGGCAGAGAAGUUAUUAGAUCAGAAACAAAGAGCAGCAGAGAUAUGAAUCACUCCUCUCUUCCUUUGAUCAGUCAGACUGGCUGUCUUUUGCCUGCUGGAUCUGCCGUCAUGCAGACAAGUGGAUAGCCGACUUGUAGUGUCAUGACAGAAAGUCCUUACAUGGCAACAGUCGUUGCACACAAAAUGCCGAUAGCAGUUCUCAGAUUAGUUCAGAAGGAGGAGCGAAUGUUGUGGUUGGUUUUGAAUUUAUAAAGCAAACACGGCAUCCUUUCUGCAACGUCUCCUCUGUUGUCUGUCAUUCUGUUGUGCAUUUUGACAUCAUCAAAGGAACAUGUACCACUGUCCUGAAUUUUGGGAUCCUCUUUUUCUUCUCCUGCUCUGAGAGAAAAUGGUGUUUUGAUCCUGCUUUACUUCCAUUUCCACACUGAAUAAAAAAAUAAACCGGGGCAAUCAGAUUUUUUGUGAAUUUGUACCACCGAAACAUCUGGAAUAAAUCUGAUCUCAUAUUCA